GAAGUUCGAAGGCUUAGUGCUGGUCCGCCGUGGCAGCGUCUCCAUGCAAAUCAACGGCGUGGAGGUGCGGCGGCUCGCCACGGGCCAGGUCGUCGGCGAGGAGAUGUUGAUGAACGUCUCAGGAAAGUGGAGGUACAGCCUCGUCUGCUUGUCCUUGUGCGACAUUGUGAUCCUCCAUCGGAAACCAUUCCUGGCCUCUGUCAAAAGCCUGAAGUCGCCAAGCAGUUCUGAGGAGGGCCAGGAGUGCCAGCACUUGCUUUCUCUUCUCGAGGGUCAAUGGAAGGAG